ACGGUCGAGGAUAUUGCUCCUAGGCAUGGCCAGAACCAGAGUCUCUUCCUCCAAGGCAGGAAUUCCCAUUCUGACUGCCUUCCAGCCGGCCGCUGCAGCUAACCACAAUUCCAGAGCUGCCUUGCUAAGCACUGGAAUCAUCACAUCGAUGCUGGGAUUGGCAGCAGAAAGAAGGCGAGCACCCUUUCAGCUGACUGUGAAAGGGCGACGAUGGUUGUGCAGCAUGUGCCAUGUACUAGCCAUGAGGAGCCCAACUCGUGACUGCAGCACACAGCCUGACAGACAGCCACGUGCCGAGCAGCAGCAGCAGCAGCGGUGUUGCUCAUCACACAAGCCAGCUCAUCACCCAAGCCAGCUCAUCACCCAAGCCAGGUCAUCACCCAAGCCAGCUCAUCACGCAAGCCAGGUCAUCACCCAAGCCAG